AUGGUUGUUGACGGUCUUUCAGAUGUAUGCUGUCAAGUGAUUGCAUUCAUUCAUGCACAUGUAAAGCAUGAUCGGCCUUCUACUGUCCAUUAUUUUCCGUGUCCCGGGUUAGCCAAGUUCAGCCCAUUUAUCCUACGCAUUCGAGGAUGCUUCUUGGCAGGAGAGGUGCAGGCCUUGAAAUACACUUCCCCCGUCUUGUUGGCUGAGCAAACGUAUGUGCGCUCGAAAGCCGUUAAAAUUUUCGCCGCGCAUGCGGACGCGGGGAUGAUUGGCCCAGUAUUAAAUGGACGGGAAGUCGGAGAGGGGCCCCAGCCUCCCGAGAGGGGCAUCAAGAAUGCGAGGUUGGAGCGUCUGAGCUCAAGAGGCCGAGGAGAUAACUGCCUAUCAGCCCCUUGCCCCCAAGGGGGGUCACGGACGAUUUGGCCGAUGGAUGUAUGGGCGUUCCCUGUGGUUGUCACACGAGGUACCCGGCUUGCCUCGCUACGACCCCUUGGCGGCGAAAAGCGAUGUAUCAGAAUCUCGUACAACAACCAGCUCUGA